AUGCUGCAUAAACGUGGACAUGUACAGAGCUUCCGCGGAGCGAGAAGAGGAACCUGGGGUAGUGGCUCACCGCGCGGCGGUCGCGGCGCAUGCCAACAGCCAAAGCUCGUCGAGGAGACACCUCCACCGCCGUGUGGACCUCUACUUGAAGAGAUAUCUCUCGAAGACAUCCUUGACCGCUCCCGAGGCGAGCUCGAGAGGCACGGAAUCACCGACUGCGAGCUUGUCGCGUCAUACAACUGGCUCGACAAGCCCGGUCGAUCCAUGAUCAUCCCCGGGAUGCCACCCAGGUGGACACCACCACCCUUCCCCUCAACCCUCAAAAAAGACUCUGGUACCUACUACCGCGAUCAGAAUGCCUGUUGGUACCCGGCCCACCCCACGGAGCCCGGAGCCGAGGCCAUCAUGAGGUUGAAGGCGGAUCAGCAGGACACCCGUGACUCCUUCGACGUGGACAUAUUUGCCUGUGGAAGCACACUUGGAAACCUUCUUCGAUUUGUGAACGGGGGCGACAUGAAGUUCCGUAUGCUAGUGGAAGUCGUCGGAAAGACAGUCCACCUCAUCCGACGGGAGAACUCGCCCUAUGAUACCAUACCCGGCGUUUACGGGUAUGGACACACGUUCCCCGAAGCCUACACCACCUGGGACUCGCCUGUCCGUGGCUCCGAUUCGCACCAGCGUAUCGUCCGCUACCGGCUGGGCGGGAUGCACUUCCUUGUGCGGUCCAAGGGGGAUGGGUACCUCCCUGACAAAGUCCCCGAAAAUCUCCGUAACGUUAGCAGCGAUACGGGGGAGAGCCACAGAGCGUCUUCCAUCGACAGUCUUGCGUCUGCCCUGGCAGGAAACUCUGUUUCUCGCAGGGCGCAGUCUUCAGAGGGACAGCCAAGCCUCCAGAUCUCAGUUGCUGGACAGCUAAUCCCGCAGGAAGCCGUAUUCAACUUGAAGACGCGAAGUGCCAUGAAGAAGCUGGACGGAUCCACCGCAGUGGAAGUAUUGGAAGUAGAGGUCCCUCGUCUGUGGGUUUCUCAGAUCCCCAACCUCGUCCUAGCCUACCACAAACGGGGCCUCUUUGACGACAUCGAAAUCCAAGACGCCCGACCGGCCAUUGCCAAGUGGGAAUCUGACAAGGAACCAGAGGUGAAGAGGUUUGUCGUCCUUCUCCGGAAGAUCGUUGAGAUUGCCCGGAGCAAAGACGACGGGAAGUUCGAGAUUGUGCGCAACGAUGGGGAGAACGUCAUCCGCAUCAUGCAACAGAUGCCCGAUGUGGCUCCUGCCUUUUCCCCAGAGACAGCUGAGAGGUGGGAGAGAUGGCUGGAUGCCGGUGGGAACAAGAGUGACAGCCAUUCUGACCAGCGUUCCUAUGAAGAAGAGUCCAGCCGGUUCGAUCAAGGCUCUGAUCUUAACGACACGCUCAAUCAUGGGUGGUCGGAUGACAGCGGCAGCGAGAAGGACUUGACAGCCUGUGACGAGGAGUGCGGGUACUGCGGGCGAUGCGUGUACUGA